UACAGUGCUUCUUCUCUUUGCUACUUAAUUUGUGGUUCAAUUGCACAGAUGGAUUACUAAGAAACCAAUAGUUGGAUGGCUUGUCCUACAGAUAGAACAACUAAAAUGUAGGCAAUUAAAUUCUGAUGGCCAGAUGAAAUUGCAGAAUAAUUCUCUGCAUAUCCUGUUUACUACAAAAUCUGGAGAGCUUUACAUGAUGUUUCUACAAUUAAACUCAGGGAACAUGUACAUGCAAGCCUUUGUGACUAUUUUCUUCAAUUAACUCCUGCUAUGGGAAUAUGUCCUUCUUGGAAGCCUAAGAGUAAUAAAAAUUCCAUUGGAAAAGUUCAUAACAGGGAACAAGAUGGACAAUCUAAUAAAUGGAACAAAUGAAGUAUAUACCACCACUGAAUAUGACUAUAGUGGUAUGGUAACACCAUGCCAGGCAAAGGCUUCCCAAAAAUUUGGUUCCAGUAUCCUGCCUACCCUUUAUUCUUUGGUAUUCAUCUUUGGUCUUUUGGGUAACAUGCUAGUUGUACUGAUUCUAAUCAAAUAUAAGAAAUUCAAGAGUAUGACUGAUAUAUACCUAUUAAAUUUAGCCAUUUCUGAUUUGCUUUUCAUUUUCUCAAUCCCAUUUCGGAUUCAUUAUGUAGCAGAUGAAUGGGUAUUUGGAGAUCCAAUGUGCAAAAUUAUUGUUGGAAUCUAUUUUUUAAGCUUCUACAGUGGAAGCUUUUUCAUAAUCCUCUUGACUAUUGAUCGGUAUUUAGCAAUAGUCUAUGCAGUGUUUGCAUUAAAAGCCAGAACAGUAUUCUAUGGCAUCAUCACAAGCAUUAUUACCUGGGGCCUAGCAAUUCUAGCCUGUUCACCAGGAAUAAUCUUUAUUAGAGCACAAGAAGAAAAUGGUAGGAUAACAUGUUCUUUUCAUUUUCCUCAUCAAAGUUCCUUCAGAUGGAACGUGUUCUUUACACUGGAACUGAACUUCAUAGGCUUGAUUUUUCCAAUGAUGGUUAUGAUUUUCUGCUAUGCAUGCAUCAUAAAUACUUUGCUGAGAUGCAGAAAUGAGAAGAAGAACAAAGCAGUCAGGCUUAUUUUUAUCAUAAUGAUUGUUUAUUUCCUUUUCUGGGCCCCAUACAAUGUUGUUGUUCUGCUCCAGUUGUUCCAAACUGAUUUAUCCCUUGAUAAUUGCAGCAAAUUAAAUGGUAUCGGUAUAGCAACUCAAGUGACUGAAACACUUGCAAUAGCUCAUUGCUGUAUCAAUCCUGUGAUCUAUGCUUUUGCUGGCGAGAAAUUUAGAAAAUACACUAUUACCUUUUUCCGAAAACAUGGUGGUCACCAUCUCUCAAAAUACUGUGUCUUUCUAUAUCGAGAACCUCUGGAACGGGCCAGUUCCACUUACUCUCAUUCUACUGGAGAGCAAGACAUUUCAGCAGUCUUAUAAAGCAUAUCUUUAGGAAAAAAAUUGAAUGAUUUUUUAUUGGUGCAUUUUUAUGGACCUCUGCAAUAUAGGUAGUCCUCAACUUAUGAUCACAAUUGAGCCCAAGAUACAUUUGUUAAGUGAGUUUUGCCCCAUUUAACAAUCUUCCUUGCCACAGUUAAAUAAAUCACUGCAGUUAUUAAGU